CCCCCCACCUUCCCUCCGAUGGGGGAUUCAGAUGGAUUCAAUGCUGUGCCACAGAUGGCUUCGAAGGGACCACCGCCCGUGUUGAGCUCCUUCUGGACAGGCGGCGCUUCUCCGGACAGCCGCGGAGACUACUCCGACGACCCCCACGAAGAGUACUCCGACUGCCGCUACGAGGGCGACUACGAGGGCGACUACUCGAUGCCCACCGAGGAGGACCAAGAGGAGGAGUCGUGCUCCUGUCAGAGCCAGACCUGUCAGCCAGAGCGAGUUCAGCUCGAUAGAGCGCACCGAGUCGGACUCGGAGUGGGAGGAGCUCUCCGACGGCCCUUCCCCCAGGGUCUCCCCGCUGGAGUCCCUCGGCGCAGUCGUGCUCUCCACAAUGCAGCCGGAGCACCGUCAGCGCAUGGUGGCCUUGUACCACCUCGUCUUGGAGACCGCUGUGGUCAAGGUCGUGCUGCUGGUGCUGCAACUGCUGUGCUGCGCGGUUUUCUGGCUGGUCGAUAA